AUGUCUCGUCAGUCAUCUGCUUUCAAGAAGGGAUUCAGCUCCAGCUCUGCUUCCUUAGGAGGGAAGAACAAGGUCACCUUCAGCACAGUGCCCCGAGGAUGCCGGGGGCCUGGUGGCAACGCCGGGGGCUUCAGCAGCCGCAGCCUCUAUAGCCUAGGAGGGAGCAAGAGCACCGCUCUGGGAGGAUUUGGAGCUGGAGGCAUCUGCAGAGGGUUUGGGGCUGGCGGCCAAGGCUUUGGCUGUGGUGUUGGCAAUGGGAUAGGGUUUGGCAGCGGGGCUGGAUAUGGCUUCAGUGCCAUAUCUGGUGGUUUUGGUGGCUUCGGCGGAGGGUUUGAUGGCGGGGUUGGGGGCUUCGCCCAGUGCCCACCGGGCGGCAUCAAGGAGGUGACCAUCAAUCAGAGCCUGCUGACCCCACUCCACCUGGAGAUCGACCCCGAGAUCCAGAAGGUGCGAACACAGGAGAGGGAGGAGUUGAAGACCCUCAACAACAAAUUUGCCUCCUUCAUCGACAAGGUACGAUUCCUAGAACAGCAGAACAAAGUCCUGGAGACCAAAUGGAAGCUCCUGCAGGAGCAAAGCCCCACCACGAGCACCAGGAGCCUGGACCCAUAUUUUGAAGUCUACAUCAGCGGGCUGAGGAAGCAGCUGGACGGCCUUUCCAGCGAGAAGAUACAGCUGGAGUCAGAGCUGAAGAGCUUCCAGGACAUGGUGGAGGACUUCAAGACCAAGUACGAAGAGGAAAUCAACAAAAGGACAGCUGCAGAGAACGACUUUGUGCUCCUAAAGAAGGAUGUGGAUGGCGCCUACAUGAACAAAGUGGAGCUUCAGGCGAAGUUGGACUCUCUGGCGGAUGAGCUGAACUUCCUGAGGAACCUCUACGAAGCGGAGCUGAGCCAGAUGCAGAAGACUGUUUCUGACACCUCCGUGGUGCUGUGCAUGGACAACAACCGCAACCUGGACUUGGACAGCAUCAUCGCAGAGGUGAAGGCGCAGUACGAGGAGAUCGCCAACCGCAGCCGGCUGGAGGCUGAGACCUGGUACCAGAGCAAGUAUGAGGAGCUGCAGGCCACUGCAGGAAAGCAUGGAGACAGUCUGAGGGACACCAAGGCUGAGAUCUCUGAGCUCAACCGCGUGAUCCAGAGGAUACGGGCUGAGAUUGAGAACGUGAAGAAGCAGGUAGGGAGCAUUCAGAGCUCCAUUGCUGAUGCUGAGCAGCGUGGGGAGUUGGCCCUGAAGGAUGCCAGAGACAAGCUGACUGAGCUGGAGACAGCCCUGAAGAAAGCCAAGGCAGAUCUGGCCCAGCUGCUGCGCGACUACCAGGAGCUGAUGAACGUCAAGCUGGCACUGGACGUCGAGAUUGCAACCUACAGGAAGCUGCUGGAGGGCGAGGAGUGCAGAAUGUCUGGGGAGUGCCAGAGCAACGUGAGCAUCUCUGUGGUGGGCGGCAGCAGCUCCAUAGGAGGUGGAUACAGCGGUGGUUAUGGAGGCAGAAUGGGUGGCUUUGGUGGAGGCUACGGAGGACUAGGCAGCUACGGAGGAGGAAUGGGCUUUGGUGGAGGAAUGGGUGGUGGUGGUGGAAUGGGCGGCUUCGGUGGAGGGAUGGGUGGCUAUGGUGGAGGAAUGGGAGGUGGAGGAAUGGGUGGCUAUGGUGGCCCAAGCUUUGGCUUUGGUGGCCCUGGUAGAGGUGGCCCUGGCAUUCAGCCCGUGCAGGUUGACACAACCCUGCUACAGCCAGUCCAUGUUGAGAUCGACCCCCAGAUCCAGCAAGUGAAGAACCAGGAGAAGGAGCAGAUCAAGACUCUUAACAAUCAGUUUGCCUCCUUCAUUGACAAGGUGCGCUUCCUGGAGCAGCAGAACAAGGUUCUCUCCACCAAGUGGGAGCUCCUGCAGCAGCAAGGGCCUUCAGGACCCAGGAAGAACCUGGAUGUCAUCUUUGAAAACUACAUCCAGAACCUGAGGCGGCAGCUGGACUCCAUUCUGGCACAGAGGGGACAGCUGGAAUCCGAGCUGCAGAACAUGCAGCAAUACGUUGAGGAUUACAAAAACAAGUAUGAGGAAGAGAUCAACAGGCGCACAACAGCUGAGAACGAGUUUGUGGUGCUCAAGAAGGAAUUGGACAGUGCCUACAUGAGAAAAAUGGAGUUUGAAGUUCGGGUGGAAAUUCUGAAGCAGGAGCUUGAGUUCCUCAGAUGCUUAUAUGAGGCGGAGCUGUCCCAGCUGCAAACAGUAGUUGACAACACCAAUGUCAUUCUGUCCAUGGACAAUGGCAGAGAAGUGAACAUGGACGGCAUCAUUGAAGAAGUCCGGCAGGAGUAUGAGAGAAUUGCUCAGAAAGGCAAAGAUGAAGUCAAUGCCAUGUACCAAGGCAGGUACCAGGACCUUCAGAACAUGUGGGUGAAUCAGCGAGAGCAACUGAGAAACAGUUACCAGGAAAUCCAAGAACUUACCAGGCAGAUCCAAAGAUUGCAGCCGGAAAUUGAAAUAGUCAGGAAAGAGAAUGACAGACACCAAGAGGCUAUCAGAGAUGCUGAGCAGCGUGGGAGCUCUGCAGUCAAAGACGGACAGAAAAAGCUUCAGGAGCUGGAGAACGCUUUGCAGCAGGCCAGGGAAGACCUGGGUCGAAUUCUGCAUGAUUAUCAGGAGCUUCUGAAUGCAAAAUUGGCCCUGGAUGUUGAAAUUGCCAUGUACAGGUCACUGCUUGAGGAGGAGGAGACCAG